AUGGGUAUCUCUCGUGACUCCCGCCACAAGCGCUCCGCGUCCGGUGCCAAGCGCGCCUACUACCGGAAGAAGCGCGCUUUCGAAGCUGGUCGCCAGGGUGCCAACACCCGUAUCGGCGCCAAGCGCAUCCACACCGUCCGCACCCGCGGCGGCAACCACAAGCACCGUGCCCUGCGUCUCGACUCGGGCAACUUUGCCUGGGCCUCUGAGGGCUGCACCCGCAAGACCCGCGUCAUUGUCGUCGCCUACCACCCUUCCAACAACGAGCUCGUCCGUACCAACACCCUGACUCGCAGCGCCGUCGUCCAGAUCGACGCGGCCCCCUUCCGACAAUGGUACGAGGCCCAUUACGGCCAGCCCAUUGGCCGCAGACGCCAAAAGGCGCAGGCCGCCAAGGAGGGCAAGGUCGAGGAGGAGGUCAAGAAGUCCAAGUCUGUCGAGAAGAAGCAGGCGGAGCGCUUCGCUGCCCGCGGCAAGGUCGACCCCGCCGUCGAGAAGCAGUUUGAGGCUGGUCGCCUGUACGCCAUCAUCUCCAGCCGUCCUGGCCAGUCUGGUCGCUGCGACGGCUACAUCUUGGAGGGCGAGGAGCUUGCUUUCUACCAGCGCAAGCUUCACAAGUAA